CUUCUACGUACUGUCGAAAACAACAAAACCAGAGUAAAAUAGCAAAAAAGCAUAUACAGAGGUAUUUGAACUUAAGACGGGCUGUGAUUGGUGCAAUGGAAAGAGACAACGAACCACAGCUUUGUAUUUUGUAAUCUGGCCUGUGUAACGGAAGGAGUAUUUCAAUGAAGUCGCAUCUUGUCCUUACCUUCGAAACAUGGAGUAGAUGAAACAGGGACAACUGAAGAAGGGGAAUUUGUAUGUCUGGUUCCCUGUUUUUUACGUUUGAAAAAAAUCACUGAAUACAAAUAAAUAUCAAUAAUACUGAAAGAAAGUAAUGGAAAAUCUGAAGACACCUCCAGGGGACCUAUGUUAUGAAAUAGAAAGAUUGUUGACAUUCUCUGAAAAUAUUCAUCCAACAUUAACAGCUAUAGAGCUUGCUGCAAAUGGUUAUUAUUAUGAUAGCACAGAAGGAAAAAUAAUGUGCUUUUUCUGUGAAUCUGUACUGGAAUUUUCAGAUUCCACAUUUAAACAUAAAUAUUCAUGUAGACAUAAAGAUGACAAUUGUCCAGUUUAUUUACAUGAUGAUACAAAAAGUGAAAAUGUUAUUAGUUCAAAUAAAAAUGAAAUACUCAACAUGCAAAAAAGACUGGACACCUUUGAAAACUGGAACCCAAGUGUCCCAGUAGCACCCACUGAUCUUGCAAAGAAUGGAUUUUAUUACCUAGGUUAUAGAAAUAUUGUUAAAUGUGCAUACUGCUCUGUCCAUCUCUACAAAUGGAAAGAAAAUUAUGAUGUCUAUGAAGAACACACACGUUUAAAUCCAGAAUGUCCAAUUUUAAGAUAUCUUAGAAAAAUGGAUUUAGAAUAUGAGCAGAAUCUCCAAAAAAGUUUUGUCAAAUGGCCAACACAUCACCCAUUAAAAGCUAAAGAUUUGGUAGCUAAUGGAUUCUACUACAAGGGACCUGCAGAUAAUGUCUGUUGUAUUUUUUGCAAAUGUGAAAUCAACAAUUGGAAAGCCAGUGAUAAUAUUAAAGAAAAACAUAGGUCAAUUUCUCCAAACUGCCCUUUCUUGUGUGAGAAAUUGAUAGGUAAUGUACCAACAUCAAAUCAGAGUAAUAAAUUUGACUCUCCAGUACAUCCACAUUUUACCUCAUUAAGUGAACGCCUUAAAACAUUUUCUUCAUGGCCAAAGAAUAAAAGUCAAAAACCUGAGUCUUUAGCAGAUGCUGGGUUCUUUCAUAAUGGUAAGUCUGAUACAGUAAUUUGUUUUAGCUGUGGUAGAACUUUAUGUGAUUGGGAUGAGGAUGAAGAACCAUGGCACAAACAUGCUCAAUACUCUCCAAAAUGUACUUUUGUACAGCAGAUGAAAGGUUCUAAGUACAUCACAGAAGCAAGUGGGAAAAGCAAAGAAUUUUCAAAUAACCAGGAAUUAGAGAAUAGUAGUCCAAUUGAAAAUUACUUGUCUGAACCAACUGAAGGAUCAAGUUCUGUGGAAGAUGUUACAGCUUUCCCAAACACUCCAGCUUCAGGUAUUCUGCCCAAAUUUGCAGAUUUGAAAUUGAAUUCAUCAUUUAUGGAUACACCUUCAGUUCUAGCUGUUUUAUCGAUCGGUUAUAAACGAAAUUUAGUGAAAAGAAUAGUGAAAAAUAAAAUCAAGGAAACAGGUUCGUCCUUUUCAAGUGCAUCAGAGUUACUUGAAGUGAUAGAAAAAUCUUCUGAUUUAAAUGAUGUAAAUGAUGUAAAUGAUGAAGAACAGGGUGCACAAGCAGGCAUAAGAGAUUCAAAUGCCGAUCUAAUAGCAGAGAAUAAUAUGUUGAAAGAAGGACAGCUUUGUAAAAUUUGUUUAGAUGAAAAACUGAGUGUGGUAUUUUUACCAUGCGGUCAUUUUGUCUGUUGUGUAACAUGUGGAUCUCUUCUUACAGUUUGCCCUGUAUGUCGGAAAAAUAUUUUACAUUUGGUUAAGGUAAUUUUCUGAGUCAAUUUUUGACAAUGGUAACAAAAACAUUGAAGGUGAUGGCAGUGGAGCAAGACUGUUUAGCAACUGCAUGUGGAUGACUGUCAUCAAGAAAAAUCUGUCCAUUCAAGAUUUCGUGUGAAACUGGAUCUAACAACCGUUUUAUCUUCAGCAUGGUUUUUCUGACCAAGACCAUCUCUAUACGACAGACUGGACACAGAAGAUAGCAGACAGGAAGCCAAACCAGCAAUCAGUUGGCCAGAGUGCUGUGACAACACAAGCUGUUUGUGGAGUUUAGAAUCCUGACACUCACAUGAUCUAAGUGCCACUCAGGGGAAUUUUCAUGUGUUGUUACCACCAUACAUUCAGCCAUAAAGCUCAUAAAUGCUUUCAACCCUGUUCAUUUCCAGUUUCACUUUCAGGAAACGAUGCAGCCAGGAGCUAGUAGCAGUGGCAGUACCUGCUUUUUCCCCCUACACCCAGUCACCUUUUCCAAAUCAGUAACCACACUGGUAUCCAUUUUUUGUGGACAUUGGGAUAGAAGUUAGUAUCCUGCCACCUACUCAAGUACCAGGUAACAAGAAACGUAAACCAAUUUUUCUCCAGGUUGUUAACCAUUUUCUGAUUGUGACCUUCAGAGAAAGAUUGAUUACUCUGGAUCUUGAUCUCAGGCAAGUGUCUUAACUUACUCCUGAUCAUGCUCAGAUUGUGAAGGCUAAGCUUGAGCACAUGCUGGAACUGGGCAUAGUUCAUUCAUGCAGUAGCAAUUGUUCUUCACCUCUUCAUCAUCAUCAUCAUCAUUUAAUGUCCGCUUUCCAUGCUAGCAUGGGUUAGACGAUUUGACUGAGGUCUGGCGAACCAGACUCCAAUCUGAUUUGGCAGAGUUUCUACAGCUGGCUG